CGGCGGCUCCGGUCCCGCGGCGGAGCGGAGAGGGGCGGCAGCGCCGGGGCGAUGCGGGCGGUGCGGCUGCGGCUCCUGGCCGGCCGCCUCCUCCUCCUCCUCCUCCUGCUGCUGCUGCUGCUGCUGGGCGGCCGCGGCGCCGCUGCCCUCGGCCGGGACGCGCUGCCUUCCCUGCGGGAUAAAGGGAUAUUUAUUAUCCAGAGUGAAAAUUCCAACUUGUGCAUUAAAGUGGACAGAAGUGACCUUGUUCUGGAAGACUGUGGUCAACUCUCAGAAAACAUGUUAUGGAAAUGGGCAUCCAACCAUUGUCUGUUCAACAUAGGCAGCAGCACCUGUCUCGGGCUGAACAUCAGCAAACCAGAACAGCCACUCACCAUGCUUGAAUGUGAUUCAACUCAAUACUCAUUGUGGUGGAACUGUGAUGGAAAGGCGUUAGUUGGUGCAUCAGAGUACAAAUUAGCAGUUGAAAACAGAAAAUAUAUUGUGGCCAAAAAAAAAUCUGCUUCUCACUGGAAACAGUACAUGUCCGAUGAUGAAGAUCUUUGUGAGCACCCGUUCCAAGAAACAUACACCUUGAUGGGAAAUUCUUUUGGUUUCCCGUGYGUUUUUCCAUUUAAAUAUAACAACAAGUGGUAUCAUGAGUGUACCAGAGAUGGAAAGGAAUCMGAGUGGUGUGCCACAACAACUCAGUAUGAAAAAGAUGAAAAAUGGGGAUUUUGCCCAAAUGCUGAGAAUGGCUGUGACAUUUUUUGGAAGAAGAACCCCAACACACGUGUCUGCUACCAGUUCAACCUCAUGUCUGCGCUGAGCUGGCACGAGGCUCGGGCUGCCUGUCAGCUGCAGGGAGGAGACCUGCUCAGCAUCAGCAGCCCUGAGGAGCAGAACUACAUAAGUAACUUGAGCAGGCAGUUAAACACCACGGACAUGAUGCUGUGGAUGGGCCUGAACCGCUUGGAUAAUGAUGCUGGCUGGCAGUGGUCAGACGGAGCACCGCUGAUGUUUGUGAACUGGAGAGCAAAUGUCUCUGAUAAGCAUUUUAAAGAAAAUCGCUGUGCAGUGAUUAAUCCGAGAUUGAACUAUGGUUGGAGCAGUUAUUUAUGUGAAUCUGGAUUGCCUUUUAUAUGCAAAAAAUAUUUAAAUAAGACAGAGCAUGAAGCUCUGGAAGAUACAUGGAAGUAUUUUGCCACUCGUUGUGACGCUGGUUGGUACCCRCACAAUCGCAACUGCUACAGACUUGGUAAAGAGGAGAAGAGCUGGAACAAUGCAUCUCUCUCAUGCCAGAGUGAAAAUAGCAGUCUCAUCAGUAUAUCCUCCAUGGCAGAUGAAGAGCUGCUCCUUAACUUGCUUGAAAGCGAAAAYGUAACUGAGACAUGGAUUGGAUUAUACAGCAAUAACACCCCUGUUGUUUUUGAGUGGUCAGAUGGCACCCCAGUAAAACUCUCUAGCUGGCACARACAAGAACCUAACACCUUUCAAAGAACUGGACAACUCUGUGUUUCAGCACAAGGACCUGACGGACACUGGAGGAUUAAAGAGUGUGAAGACAAAUCUUUUUAUAUUUGCAAAAAAGCAGGGGAGUUUAAUAGUGUCUCUCCUGAAUUGGAAUCRGGUUGUCCAGAGGGAUGGGAAAGACAUGGUGGAUAUUGUUACAAAAUCGACAGUACCCCUCGAAGUUUUGAACAUGCUUCCAGUGGUUUUUUCUGCCCAUCUGCACUUGUAUCAGUAACAAACAGGUUUGAACAAGCUUUUAUCAACAGCAUGAUCSGCAGCAUGGUGAAAUCUGAGAGAACUUAUUUUUGGAUAGGAUUGCAAGACCUUAACAACACAGGAGAAUACUUUUGGCUCAGUACAGCAGGAAAGAAUCUCUCUGUGAGCUACACAAACUGGAACAAGUACCAGCCACGUCAUUCUGGAGGGUGUGUGGCUAUGCGAGGGCAGCACCCUAUUGGUUAUUGGGAGGUGAAGAGCUGUAAGAACUUCAAAGCAAUGUCAYUGUGCAAGCAAAAAGCCGAUUUUUAUGAAGAACCUGAACUUACUUUUCAAAAACAUUCGAGUUCCUGCUAUUUUGGAUGGGAGUCAGAGCCUAAUCUGCUCAGCUGCUACAAGAUUUUUCACAAUGAGAAAGUUCUGAUGAGAAGAACAUGGGAUGAGGCAGAAGCAUUAUGUCAAGAUUUUGGAGCACAUCUUGCGAGUUUUAGCCACAUUUAUGAAGAGACAUUUUUAAACAAUCUAUUAUAUACAAUUUUUGACAGAACAGAAGAGAGACAGUUCUGGAUUGGAUUUAAUAAAAGAAAUGCGCUUUCUGGAGGGACGUGGCAGUGGUCUGACAGAACACCUGUUGUGUCUUCAUUUUUGGAGCACAAGUAUGUUGAAGAUGACUUGAGAAACUGUGGUGCAUUCAAAGUAAACAGAACAGUCUUUCCAGCACUCUGCAAUGAGAAGCGUGAAUGGAUAUGCAAAAUACCAAAAGGUGUGAAACCAAUGAGUCCAGUUUGGUACACAGCUGAACUGCCCUGGUCAUAUUAUCAAGGAGCAGAAUAUCUUUUCCACGUCACCCCWGCAGACUGGGAAACCUGUAAGUUUGUCUGUAGCUGGCUUCGUGGUGGAUUGGCAAUGAUAAAUUCUUCUGGUGAACAAGCCUUUGUUCAAAGUAAAAUAAGAAAGCUGUCGAACAGUGAUGUUCACUGGUGGAUUGGACUGUACACAGAAAACCUCAGUGAUGAAUUUCGGUGGAGAGAUGAAUCACCAGUAACAUACCAGAACUGGGAUGAAGGGAGGAAAAGAGAUCUGCAGAAACCAGGGAAAAGAUGUGCCUUCAUUUCAUCACAAUCAGGACUCUGGGAUGAUGAAAACUGCACUGUUUCUCUUCCCUGCAUCUGUAAACGUAAAAUUCCAAAGAAGAUAGAGAAAGAGAUUCCAAAAGACCYGAGCCAACAAGGAGUAUGUCCCAAAGGCUGGUUGCACUUUGGAUUCAAAUGUUUUUUAAUACAAAUUCCAAAGGAUCCAGAGCAUCUGAGAAAUUGGUACUCUGCACAAGAAUUCUGCAGUAGCUAUGAUGGGUCACUUGCUUUCCUGGAAGACGAACUGGAGCAAGCUUUCAUAACAAUGAAUCUAUAUGGAUGGAAAACUAGUGUUUGGAUAGGUUUCCAGAGUGACCAUUAUGAAAAAUGGUUGAAUGAAAACCCUCAAAUGUAUUCCAACUGGUCUCCAGUUGAAGUAGUGGAUAGACAGCAUUUUAACAUUCAAGACCAGAUUCCACUGUGUACAUUGGUAUCAAAUAACCCUAAUUUUUAUCUUACGGGAAAAUGGUACUUAGAAAACUGUCAGAAAAAUUACGGGUUUGUCUGCCAAAAGACUCAGGACACAUCCAGACACGUUACGAAUGCAUCUGACAUGUAUCCUGUGCCWGAUACUUUAGAAUAUGGAAACAGGAUGUAUAAACUAAUAAGUGGGAAUUUUACAUGGUCUUCAGCUUUGGAAGCGUGCAUGGCAAACAGCGCAGAGUUGGUGAGCAUUACAGACCAGUACCACCAAGCUUUCCUCACGGUCAUCGUCAAUCGCCUGGGGUACAGCCACUGGAUCGGCCUCUUCACCUCUGAUAAYGGGCUUAACUUUGAGUGGUCGGAUGGGACCAGGUCUUUGUUUACCUUCUGGGAAGAUGAUGAGUCCCAGGCCUUUGGCAGCUGUGUUUACAUGGAUACUUCAGGGCACUGGAAAAGUGGAAAUUGUGARCAAUUUCUGCAAGGAGCAGUUUGCCAUGUGCCACCUGAAAAGAAACUCAGUGACUAUAAAGGCUUAUGUUCAGAAAAAACUGUACCCUGGAUCAAAUUCAAAAACAGUUGCUACAGUUUUUCCACAGUUCUGCAGGGCAUGAGUUUUGAUACUGCAUAUGAAGUCUGCAAAAAUCAAGGAUCAAAUCUUCUUACUAUUCAAGACGAAGAUGAAAAUGCCUUCAUUUUGGAAGAAUUACACAGUUUUGGUUACUCCRUGCAAAUGGUUUGGUUGAACRUCCUGCUUGUUACAGACAAUGAGACAGUCUCCUGGUUUGAUGGUUCUCCUUUAAAUUAUUCUAACUGGGGCAUCUGGGAGCCUGAAUUUGAUCAUCUCAAAGGGAAUUUCUGUGUCAGCUUGAGGACCACAGAUGGAGUCUGGCAAUUAUCUCCUUGCAAAGAAAAGAAGGGUUUUGUGUGUAAAAUGGAUGCAGAUAUCUAUGMAACAGAAGCUUCUGAAAAAGCAUCAUACAGUGGGCUUGUAGCUCUGGCUGUUCUUGUGACACUGGUGAUGUUGGCUGCAAUUUCCCUUUUCCUGUGGUGCCUGCACAAAGAGAAUAACCAACUCUUCCGCAGGAUGCUGUGGGUCAGAAAUGCCUAUUUGCCACAGAUUAAUGCUGAUAGUCCUACUUUGGAAGAAAGCAUCCUCAUUUCUGACUUUGAGAGAAGUGARAACAAUUAAUUGAUCAGAAGUAGCAAGCGAUCUUGUCUUCUGUGUGAAAUUUCACAACCUACAGUGGUUUUCUCAUUCUCAGGAGUCCCUCAGGGUGCCCAUAUCCUGAGAAAACCUCAUGGCCAUCAGUAUGAAUGCUGGAGGAGCUUUCUACCCUGGAGAGCUUUUGCUUUGUGGCAGGAUGAAGGAGGAUGCAAGGCAAAGCCACAGAGAAAUUUUCUUCUCUGAGACAAGCCAGGAAUUGAAAAUACCCACAGAUCAUAAACCUCCAACCACUCGCUGGAGGUCCCACAGCAGCAGGCAUUUUCAUGCAACUUUUUCUUUUGGGAAUGUUUGCAGAACGUGCUUAUGAGCUGUCAUUAAAAUUUGGCCUUGAAUUUAGGAACUCUGAAACAUGUUCCAAGGAUUAUGGGGAAGACUUUUUUUUUACUGGCAAAAUGAACAGUUUUGGUUUUUCUGCAAAAUGAACAGUUGUUUUUUAGACAGUAGAUUCUUGCCAUGUAGAUUUCCAAGCUUGCAGGGAGAUGAAGUCAUUCUUCACUUGAAACUGUCAGAGUUUUGGUAGUUUGGUCUGUGAUGCCUAGUACAUGUUAUAAAAUAAAUUAGUCUAGAGAUAYGAUGCCAUAUGGGCUUUGUCAUCCUGAACUUAUUAUAUCCAUUUGAGAUGCAUCCAUCAUCCUGUUAAAGAUUUAGCURUGCCAUGUCUCACCUAGAUUAUUUCAGACAUGGAAUCCCAUCAACCUCCCUUAAAAACAUAUUUUGGCAGUAUCUGCUGAAGAAAAAAAAAACUGUUGUAAACUUUGCUGAAGGUAUGGAACAAAUGGCUUUACUGCUCACCUGCAGUGUUUCUGUGAGCAGUGUUCAUGGACACUUGGCUGAGACCCCACUCUCCAAAGCCAAGGGUGGCAUUUGGGGGAGCCACACUGCUGUUCCCAAAGGGUGCUAGUCCUCUAACCCCAYGUAGCAGACACUUUCCCUUUCAGUGUUCCUAUGAAGGUGCUAAGAAAGAAGAUGAAUUKUGCUGACCCGUUGGUCUGCAGGCUGAUGGUUAUGAAGGAGCCAGGCUCAGGUUUUAAUUUCAGUUGCAGCAGCCCAGACAGAAAUGCUUGUUCUCCCUGGGAUUCCACCACCCUAACCAGUCCUCCACCCACCUCUCUGAAAACACCUGGAAGCUUUUCAGGGAUUUUAUUUUUUUUAUUUUUAUUGCAGUGUGGAAAAACAAAUGUUUAAUCAUGGUUACUUCAGAAAGGAUUUCGUGUUGUUUCCAUCACCUCUAAAUGCUGCUGCAAAGGGCUGUAUUUGUUGUUCAGUUUCAUGGUUUCCUUGUUUCAAGGUGACUCAUUCUAAAAAUUUUGCAAUAGCCCUGAGCUGGAGGUGUGUUCCUCAGAAUUAAGCAAGCAGCUAAGGCCAACUGAAAURUUUUUACACAAUAUUUGUGCACUUGCACAGGAAUGUAUGACUGCCUUUUAUUAGAUUUCAUAUGGCCAAAAAUUGCCUGUUCAUGCCAUAAUUAUGUGUAGGGCUAUUUUUAAAAAUUACAUAGUGCAUAGAAURUUUCUAUGCUGGUUUACAGAACUGGUUUACUCUUUUUGAUAACUUUCAAGUUGUAGCUAUCACAAGUUUUUAAUCUUAAAUUUUUCUAUCAUAUAAAAUAUGAAUAGCUUUUCUGUGUACAUUCUGUCUUGUAGUUUGACCCCAUACAUUAGUAUUCAGUAAUAUUCUACAAGUUUUGGUUUCAUCCUCUAGAUUUAUCUGUGGGACUAUUUUUAUUUGCAGUCCACUAUUAGAGUUUGUGAACUGCAACUUUUGAGCACAAUUGUCAGAUAAUCUAUUGUUUAUAUGUAUUAACUGUGAUAGCUUCUUUACAACCAAAAGAAAAGAAGAAAAAAAACUUAYGGCUUUCUCUCCUUUCCCCAUGAGUAUUUCACAUAUCUAAACUACAGUUGGAGAAACUUAAACCAACAAACCCCCUUCAUCCCAUUCACUCUCGAGGGUGUAAAUGCCGCUGCCUUACAGUUCAGCAAGGGGAGUGGCUUGCAGGGUGGUUUUUGUUUGCAAGAGUAAGCUGUGUCAUCUCUGAGAGCAUGUAUUCAUUGGGCUACAGUGCUGUUGAUAGUUAUACAGACUCUGCUCAGAUUUUGCUAUGGUUAAUGAAGUUGUACUUUUUCACAAAACUUGACAAAGAUGUUUUAUCAGUUUCCCUUGAGGUAUGUUUUAUUCCUUAAAAUAUAGCUGAAGGUCAGUGGYAUAAUCAAUAAACCUAAUCUCAAAACAGUGAUUGUUGAUUAACAUUGGUGUAAAUGAGUUUGUAUUAAACAAAACRAAGUCCAAAGUUUCUUCCUAAUUUGAAGUGGUUUUGAAGGAAGAGACCAGAUUGAUAUUUAUUUCUAAAUAUUUCAUCAUUUAACUUUUUAUAAUUGCAGGUAUGAUUCACUCAAGAAUGUAAUCAUUGAUUGCUUUCUAGUCUUCCUUCUGGAUUUUGUUACCAAUGGCUUUCAAUUGUUUCCCCUUAAUCAGAAGUUUCCUAUAUUUUCCCUGAUCAGAGUAUGUGGUGACUGUUUUUACUUCUGACCUUGAUGACUCUGGCAGUGAGAUUCACUGUGUUAUUUCAACUGGAAAAUUAAAGCAUGACUAAGAGUUCUCUGUGCUGUAGUUUUUCU